CACAUCCCCCAAAUUCCUGCUCGCUCGCUCGCUCGCUCGCUUGCUCUUUUGGGCUCCCGUUGCCGCGCCAUUUGUAACCCGCCGAAAGACCUGCGCCGUCAUCGACCCCCGUCCUCCGCGCUGUUUGCUGGGCGUCUGCGUGCGUUGGUUGCGCUGCCGCCCACUCGACCGACCCACAAACACCAUACACAGGCACACACACACAGCCCACACCCACACACGCACGCACGCACUCUCGCACAUCCGCACGCUCGAACACAAAGAAACACUCCCAGAAGCACGCAAUAGCGCGCCCGUACGCACACGAAGCACACCCGCACUCAACCCGCAGUCUGCCCGGACGCACGUCUGCUCACACCUUCCCCGCCGUCCACAUCCCGCGCCUCCCUUGUUCCGCCUCUUCGCCGUAUCCCUCCCAGCCCAGCAGAGUCGCAGGCCACAGCACUGACAGCGACGCUCCGUUUGCAACUCAAACCCAGCUCAACCCAACUCAAGCUACUACAACUAGCAGGCCCUGAAUACAGAAAAGAGCUCCCCAAGAUUCCUCAAGCUGGCCUCCACACAAAAACGACGGAGUUUCUCCGGCCACGGCGCGGGCCUACUGAACAAAAUGUUCGGAAGCUCUGGUCCCGACUCUAAGAAAGAGGCCGAUAUUUCCAUGAACAAUCCUGUCUCGCCUCCGUCCGUUGUAGCCGCAAACUCUCUUGACUCUUCCGCAAUCGACCGUACUAGCCCCGAGCGCAAACCUACAGCCGAUGCCACACACGCCGCUGUCACACCUACCGAGAAGAAGCGGAGGAGUAGUAGCGUGGCCAAGGCGAGAGAGAUCUUCUCCAGCGCCAAGCAGGCAUUCAACUCGAAUAGUCAUUCAGCCUCGUCCUUGGACAAGUCACCGCAGACGCCCAUACAGAAGCUGAGCAAGCAUGACCCCGCUCUCGGCGUACCGCAAGGUUCUCACAACAACUCGGCUGGCGAGUCGCUGCCAGGCCCGCGGUCGACCUUCCGCGUGGGCGUUACAGAAGACAAGAACAAGAAAUGUCGCCGGACCAUGGAGGACACACAUGCCUACUUGUACAACUUCUUGAGUACACCGAAUGCCAGCAGCGCCAGCCAGGACGGCGAAAGCAAAUCUGAGUCCGCAUCCUCCGAUCCGUCUGAGAAAGGUGUCGCCGAGACGGACAACGGGUAUUUCGCCAUCUUUGACGGGCAUGCGGGUACUUUUGCUGCAGACUGGUGUGGGAAAAAGCUGCAUCACAUUCUGGAAGAUAUGAUACGCAAGAACCCCAACACACCAGUGCCCGAACUUCUAGACCAGACCUUCACAUCCGUCGAUCAGCAGUUGGAGAAGCUGCCAUUGAAGAACAGUGGUUGCACUGCAGUCAUUGCCGUCCUGAGAUGGGAAGAUCGGGUUCCGAAUGCUGCCUCAGCGACCGGUUCGACAUACAUCAACUCAGCUGCCCUGAAGGGCUUGCAGGUCGAGGGAAAGGACAAGGACACCCAAGAUGCGGCGGCAGGGGCAAAUAGCGAAGCUAACAGCGUUGCACCGCUUGUUCAGCAUGCCACAAGGCAACGCGUUUUGUAUACUGCCAAUGUAGGUGACGCCAGGAUAGUGCUUUGCAGAAAUGGCAGAGCCCUCAGGUUAUCAUACGAUCACAAGGGUAGCGAUGAAUCGGAAGGCCGACGUGUAGCGAACGCUGGAGGACUGAUCCUCAACAACCGUGUCAAUGGGGUCCUGGCCGUCACGAGAGCGUUGGGCGAUGCGUACAUGAAGGACUUGGUUACUGGGCAUCCAUAUACGACCGAAACAGUCAUUCAGCCAGACCAGGACGAGUUCCUGAUCCUAGCAUGCGACGGUCUCUGGGAUGUGUGUACCGAUCAAGAAGCUGUCGAUCUCAUCCGCUCUACUACCGAUCCACAAGUUGCAUCCAAAAUCCUUGUCGACCACGCCCUUGCCCGAUUCUCUACGGACAACUUGUCUUGUAUGGUGAUUCGUUUCGACAAUAAAGCUCUCAAACGACAGCGUGAGAAUCAUAACAUCGGGGUUGAGGGGGAUCCGGAGACGCUCAAAGGCACCAUGAGCGAAGCAGACGCAAUUGUUAGCUCGGUGAAGAAGCUGCAGGAGGAAGGCAUGGUUCCGCAGCCCACGCCGAAUGCAGUUGAUGAGCAGGAAGCGGAGAAGACACAGGACGGCGGUGUACAAGGGGAAGUCACGGAGCUAAACGUUGACGCAUUGGAGGAGGCGAAAAAGAAGAAGGAGGAGACAUCGCAAGGAUGCUAGCGACCCCGGUUCUUUAUCACCUUCAAGCAGAAGGCGCGAUCGAUGAUCAGACGCUCGAAAUGCCAAAAUGGGGUCGGCCAAAGGUUAACCAAAAGGAGUUAUACUACUGUUUGCACUUGACAUUUUUUUUUCUCAUCUUCUCCUACUACCUGCGAAGGGCAAAUGGGAGGAAGCAAUAUCAAGAGAAGGAAGUGGAAGAGACUGAGAAUGUGGAGGCUUUCGCAUCCAUGGCGUGCGCUGCAUCUUCAUCAUCUUGCAAUUGCGAAUUUUUCCUUUCUUGGCACGAAUGACCAUGAGAAGGCACGCUCUCGCUUUCUCUAAACAUGCUCUUUGCUCUUUUUUUGGUCUCUGUAACAUGCACACACACACGGGCGCGAGCAAGAGUAAAGAGGCAUGCGUUAUGAAGGAUUGGGAAGCUCUUUGUUCCUCCUCGUUCUUUUGCCAAGUUCUUCUUCGGUCCAUGUUUUGCUCAACUGGGAAGCUGUAUUCCUCAUUCUUGAGAGCGGGAGUUUGAAAGACAUAUAGUUCCGCGAAUACGAAUUGUUCUCCUCUA